AUGAAAGACUAUAAUUCAAUAUCAACUCUUAAAGAACAAUCAAAAGAAGGAUUUUCAGAUUCAUCAAUAGUAGAACCAUCUAUACAAAACAAUAACCAUUAGAAUAUGCUAAUAAAUCAUGAAGAUUAAAGAUUAAUGGAGAGAAAAAGCAAUAUGAAGAAUUAAAAAAAAUAACGAUAAGGAAGAAAAUCUAGAAAUUUUACAAUCUAAGAGGAUCAAAAGCUUUUAAGAUUCAUAUUAAUGUAUGGACCGAAAUUUAAAUUAAUAUAAAGAAAGAUGUCUGGAAGACCAUUAAAUAUUUUAAAGAAUAGAUACUAUAGAGAUUUAAGAUAUAGAUGGGAUGAGGUUUUAGGAACGUAAUCUUAUUCAAUUCAAUAUUUUUUAGGGAAUUUGCUCAUUUGAAUGAAUAAAAAGUAGAUCCAAUUACUGAUGAAAUAUGGAAAAAUUCCCCACUUGAUCCAGAUCUAUCAAAAAUAAUGAUAAACAUGGUAACGUAAUUGUAAAAUGUAAUCACAAAAUGCUUAAAUUGA